AUGCGGUCCUUAAUUCCAUUUCUCAUCUCAACAGCCACUGCUCUGGUCGCCGUCCCCCGUCCACCGCUUUCGGAUAUCAAAGAUCUGGAUUUCUACUCCCUCUACGAUAAACGGUCCACCAAUGUCUCUACCGCCCGUGGUCUCGGCACCUCAGCCGACAUGUACAUUUUCAACGACUGGUCCACCCCAAUAACCUUCUCCUCAUACUCUCACUCUCGAAUGUCAAAGUCACCGCCUGGCUCAGUUCCAUUAUCCACCUUUUCAGCAAGCUCGGGAUAUGCAAUCGAAGCUAGCGGGUGGAUUCCCUUACAAUCUUCAUUUCAAUAUUCAUUUUCUACACCUUCUACUGAAAAGGGAGAGGUGAAAGUAGAUAUCGGGAUGGCACCUUGGAAGACCGGGUAUUCAAUUAAUAGCGGGAAAGAGUUCGAGACUGGGGUGUUAUUAGCCCCCGCGAAGAUCUUGGCAAAGGGGAGGGACUUUGAUUUUUAUUUCUUCAGUGGACCGGGUGUUAUGGGACCUUUGAUUAAUAGCGUUUUGGACGCGAACCUCGGGGCAUUUUUUGCGGGUAUUAAGAAGAAUCCGCAGAAGGUGGCGGUGAAUGGGGAUAUUGAUCUUACUAUUAAGGAAUUUUUGAAUCCGGCGGUUAGAUGCAAAUAUUCCUCUGUUACACCCGGGACCGGGGCGAAUUUGUGGACUGUAAAUGCCAUUCUUGAUAUUACUUCAGAAGUCAAGAUGAAGGUUCGGUAUAAAAAAGUUAACCAAGACGCAGUUUUGAAGUUGAAGAAUCUGUCGAUCUUGGUUAGCGCGAAUAUGGACUUCAGCGGGCUUUCUUCCGCCAAUCUUGCGAAUGUGGCGAAUAUCAAAUUGAGCGUUACGAGGUUUCAAACAUCGGUUGAGGGGAUUGAUGUUGAUGGAGAUAUUUUGGUUGAUAUUGUUGGAGUGUUAUAUCCGGUUUUUGCGCCGGUAUUGAGGUUACCGUAUAAAUUGGCUUCGAUUGUUAAUACGAGUGAGAAUAAGAAUAUUUUGGGGAUGAUAAAUGCUGCUAUUAGCAGUCUCGGACUACGACAGACCACUAUCGCAGGAAAACGGUGGACGCUUCCUGAACUCCCAGGUUUACAUCUCAAAGGACUUUUCAAACGGUUUAUUUCGGCUUUGUCGACAAAGAAGACUAUUCGGUCGAUAGAGAAUAUCUCGACUUGGAUGUCUAAUCCAAAGAUCCAGGAGUUAGCCUUAUCGUCACUUUAUAUACCCGGAACCCACGACUCACACGCUUACGACUUCGAUCACGUUUUGUCGUCAAUGAAGUACUCUGAUAUCGCUUUCCUAUGGGAUUUUGAUUACUUCCUACCUGCUCCGUCUGAUGGAUCGUUCAAUCCUUUGACAAUGACACCGAUACAUUUGGGACCGGUGUUGGGACAGUACACCAUGAAUUCCGUUGCUCAUAUCGCAAAGGCGCAAGGUAGUGAUAUCCUAUCACAACUACACGGCGGAGUCAGACAUUUUGACCUGAGAAUCUACUACGACCCUACCGCGGAUACAUUUUAUUCCCAACACGGUCUUCGUGCUAAACCUACGUUGGUUGACCUAUUGACGCAAGUUCAAACGUUUUUGGAAGCGAAUCCUUCGGCUGCAGAACUGAUAAUCUUGGAUAUCUCGCAUACAAAUUUCAAUCAAGAUUUUACGCUAGAAGACGAGACGGUAAUACCUUCUGUUGAAGUACAAUUCAAGUAUUUGGGAAUAAUCCGUCAACUGGAGUCAUGGGCGUACAUGCCCAUCAACGCCCGUGGUACCAGGAAAUUCAACUUCCAGACGUUAAAGGAUACCAAACUCUCUCAGAUCACGCAGGGGUCUAAUAAAGUUCUGUUCAUCAACCCCGAUAUUGUAUUACCGGAGAUAUCGGUCAAUACUGAUGGGUGGAUGUAUGUUCCAUCGUCUGGGGUUAUGCCAAAGGGAGGAUUAUAUGAGAUUAGUACUGCGGCGGCGUUGACACCUGGGGAGAUAUUGGGGAAUGUAUUGAAUGGAUUGAGUGGGCAGGGGGAGAAGGAUAUGUUGAAGGUUAAAGCGGAGGAAGGGAAUGGGAAGGUGGUGGAGAUGGUUAAGAGACUGGAGGGACAGAAGGGGACGAAGGUACAGUUGGUCAGUGUGGAUUGGUGGGAUGUGGGAGGGGUUGUGGACGGCGUCGUUGGGUUGAAUUAUAGUUAA